AUGAGCCUGGAUGAGGACACGCGCUGGCUGGAGUGGGUAACCAAGCAGUUUGAGAGCAUCGCAGGAGAAGACAAAGAGAUUGACCUUGAGGAGUUUAAAACAGCUCUCAAGGUCAAAGAGUCUUUCUUUGCUGAGCGCUUCUUUGCGCUGUUUGACUCCGACGGCAGUAGCACCAUCAGUCUGGAUGAACUGCUCAAGGCUCUGGACCUGCUCAUCCAUGGCAGCGAGACAGACAAGCUCAAGUUCCUCUUUCAGGUCUAUGAUGUGGACGGCAGUGGCUCUAUCGAUCCAGAUGAGCUGCGCACAGUGCUGAAGUCCUGUCUACGUGAGAGCGCCAUCUCCCUGCCAGAGGAGAAGCUGGAUGACCUGACGAUGGCGCUGUUUGAGUCGGCGGAUAAGGACAACAGCGGCUCCAUCACCUUCGAGGAGCUCAAAGCUGAGCUGGAGACCUUCCCUGAGGUCAUGGAGAACCUCACUAUCAGUGCUGCAAACUGGCUAAAGCCUCCUGACUUGGAGCAGAAGCGACGUCAGGCACCUCGCUACCUGACCCCAGCCUACUGGCACAACAACAGCCGUAAGCUGCUGUUCCUCUGUGUGUACGCCUGCCUCAGCCUCCUGCUUUUCACAGGAGCCAUGCUGCAGAACCACCACGGGGGCGCCUGGUACAUGGUGGCCAAGGGUUGCGGCCAGUGCCUCAACUUCAACUGCACCUUUGUCAUGGUUCUGAUGCUGCGUCGCUGCUUAACAUGGCUGAGGGCCACGUGGGUGGUGAGGGUCUUACCUCUGGACCAGAACGUCUUACUGCAUCAGAUAGUGGGCUACGCUAUUCUCUGCUACACCGUGCUGCACACCACUGCUCACGUCAUCAACUUUGUCAAGCUGUCAGAGCGGACUGACUACAGACUGUGGGAGUACCUGCUGACCACGCGGCCCGGCAUUGGCUGGGUGAAGGGCACAGCUUCAGUGACCGGGGUGGUUCUGCAGGUCAUGAUCUGCCUCAUGGUGCUCUGCUCCAGCACGUUUGUACGACGCAGUGGACACUUUGAAGUCUUCUACUGGUCUCAUCUGUCCUAUGUGUGGGUGUGGUCGCUGCUGGUGGUGCACUGUGCCAACUUCUGGAAGUGGUUUGUGGUGCCAGGGCUCCUCUUCAUCCUGGAGAAGAUCGUGGGAAUUGCCGUCUCUCACAUGGGUGGCCUCUACAUAGUGGAAGUCAACCUACUGCCAUCCAAGGUGACUCAUCUGGUGAUCAAGCGCCCCCAGUUUUUCCAUUUUAAACCUGGAGACUAUAUCUAUAUCAAUAUCCCAGAUAUAGCCAAGUAUGAGUGGCAUCCCUUCACCAUCAGCAGCGCCCCGGAACAGUCAGACACCCUGUGGUUGCAUAUCCGCUCCAUGGGCCAGUGGACCAACCGCCUGUUUGAGUAUUUCAGACAGCCAGAGAGCCCGGCAGUCAGCCCGAAGAGACUGGCCACCAGCCUCAGGAACCGCAGGCAACUGAACAAGGCCCAGAUUUCCGCCAAAAUGGGUGAGAACACUAGGUACUGCAAUAUUAAGUGUUAUGUAGAUGGACCCUAUGGGACUCCAACAAGACAGAUCUUUGCCUCUGAGCACGCUGUCCUGAUUGGGGCAGGCAUCGGGAUAACACCUUUUGCGUCCAUCCUUCAAAGCAUUAUGUACCGGUACCGCAGGAGGAAGCAGAACUGUCCCAACUGCAACUACUCCUGGUGUGAAAACAUCAAAGACAGUGAGAUGAAAUUACGGAAAGUUGACUUCAUCUGGAUCAACAGGGACCAAAAGUCCUUUGAAUGGUUUGUCAGUUUACUGACCAAACUGGAGAUGGACCAGGCUGAUGAGGAGCCAGAGGGCCGCUUCCUGGAGAUGCACAUGUACAUGACAUCAGCACUCAGUAAGAACGAUAUGAAGGCCAUUGGCCUGCAGAUGGCACUGGACCUUCUGGCCAAGAAGGAGAAGAGAGACUCCAUAACUGGGCUGAGGACCCGAACCCAACCUGGACGACCUGAAUGGGGCAAGGUGUUCCAGAAAGUGUCUGAGGAGAAGAAAGGAAAGGUCCAUGUGUUUUACUGUGGCUCUCCUGCUCUGGCUAAAGUCAUCAAAGCCCAGUGUGAGCAUUUCGGCUUCAACUUCUACAAGGAGAACUUCUGAAAUGGUUACCUGCAGUUCCAGCACACAUCUCCUGCCACUUUGUUGUGUGUGUGUGUGUGUGUGUGUGUGUGUGUGUGUGUGUGUGUGUGUGUGUGUGUGUGUGUGUGUGUGUGUGUGUGUGUGUAAAUAAGGACUGCCUUUGGUUUGUACACUGUCUUUCUCCCUACUGCUCCACACAGAACCAACUGUGAUCUGUCUCUGCCUCGUUUCCUCACCUUGGUUUAUUGGACAGUAGGAAAUGCUGAUCCAUUGUUGAUAGAUGUUACAACAUAUGCAUUGGUGUGGUGGUUAAUGGUGGUAGAUCAUAAAUAAUGUAGCUGUGUAGAUCCUAUGAUUGUUAAUUGGUGGAUUACUGUAGCAAAUAAGUAAAGUAAUAAAUUUACAAAUUUAUUUUGUGAUGAAGAGAUGUAAAUAUUUUUUGGUGGAACCACUUUUCUUUGACUUGCUUCAUUUACUUCUACUUCAUGCAAAAUUGAACUUUGGUGGAGUUUGGGUUUGUAAAAGUUACCUGGAUGUUAUUUGAAUCCACAUGGUGGUGAAAUAUUAGAGAUUAUACCAAUA